UCUAUGGCUUCAAGGAAACCAGAUAUGGAUUCAACGAAUCCUGAUAUGGAUUCAACGAAUCCAUAUAGCCAGUAUCGUAGUUACAUAGGGCUUCUUAACUCUCAGAAUCAACAAACCUUUCCAUCUACUGUAAACAUUGGAGCCUCACAAAUCCCUUCUUUUGUUUCCCAACAAACUGAGGCUCCUGCUGUAGGUUCAGACACACCAGUGGAGCGUCGGGGGAGAAAGACAUGGACACCAUCUGACGACGAGGUCCUAAUAAGCGCCUGGCUUAAUACUUCUAAGGACGCUGUAGUUGGAAACGACCAAAAGGGAGGAACGUUCUGGCAACGGGUAGGAGAUUACUACGAAGCAAGUCGUAAUGUUGGUGAGGGUGGUGAUGCGAGCUCUCAUACCCAUUGGAAGCAGCGGUGGUCAAAGAUCAAUGAUCAGACCAACAAGUUCGCUGCAGCAUACGCUACUGCUGAGAGGCAAAUCAGCAGUGGACAGAAUGAAAACAACGUUCUAAAGUCGGCUCAUCAGAUCUUCCACUCCGACCACAACACAAAGUUUACACUGGAGCAUGCGUGGUGUAUCUUGAGGCAUGAGCAGAAAUGGAUGAGUCUCAACACUGCUGCACAGAAAAGAAAGGCAACUGAGUCCUUUCCUCAAGCUACAGACAACAAUGUUGGUGAGGAAGAGAUGCGGCCCGAAGGUAUUAAGGCGGCAAAAGCAAGCAGGAACACUGGUAAAGGGAAGGCUUAUGGAGAUUAUAAGAGCAUGUGGGAUCUGAAGAUGGAAGAUUUGGCACAGAAGGAGAAGCUAUCCAAGCUCGCGAUUCUUGAUACUCUCCUAGCUAAGAAGGAACCACUUAGUGAGAGUGAAGAAGUCGUGAAGAAUAAACUCCUUGCCUUGUAUUUUUAAACUAAGCAUUUUAAUGUUUUGAAUUAGAUGUUUGAACUUGUUGUUUUUUUUUUUAAUUUUCUGUUUCAAGUACUUGCUUCUGUGAUUUAUGAAAUAAUAUUCCUUGUUUUAAAUCAUGGUAGUUUAUUUACUUUGUUCACUGUCAUAAUCUAUGGUUGGUGUUAUGUGACAUACAAAACUUACGUGUGCCGUUUUUAUUAUUGACAGGUUAUGGGUUUGGAUUACAGCUACACGCAGCCGUCUGAUUCGGAGGAUUAUGGUUUACAGAACUCAGCAGACAGUAGAAACAGCUCGACAGAAAUGAAUAUCAUGCUAGACCAAGCAGAGAUCGAAGCCGCGCGGAAUCAGUACCCUCCGCAGCCUGAAGUGGAGUUUGGCUUCCCCAAGGAAUGCUACUGUGGCCGCGAGCCACUUUUAGCCACUUCUUACACAAGAAAUGACCCGGGAAGAAGGUUCUACACCUGUGACAACAUCGACGACGGAGACUGCCAUGUAUACAAGUGGUGGGAUGUCGCGGUUACAGAGGAGAUCAAAGCCUUAGGUACACAAUAUGCUCAGCUUUCUGAUAAGGUAGAUUACCUAUCGUUUCGAAGUGACGACGACACCCAUUUGCGCGAGUUUAAGGAUCUGCAGUAUGCAUUGGGAGUGGAAGAUUGGAAGCAUCGACUGUAUGCAUUGGGAGUGGAAGAAUUGCCCCACCGCUUGGAAAGGAAUGUAUUCACGAGGAACCGGAAAACCAACAAUUGUGUUGGAGGCCGUAGCUUCCUAUGACCUCUGGAUAUGGCACGCGUUUUUUGGAGCUCCAGGUACUAUGAACGAUCUUAAUAUUCUUGAUCGAUCACCUGUUUUUGAUGACGUUAUUAACGGCAUCGCGCCACAAGUAAACUUCUAUGUUAAUGGUAAUCCAUACCAUUACACAUAUUAUCUCACGGAUGGUAUUUAUCCGAAAUGGGCGACUUUUAUUCAAUCUAUCCGACUACCACAAACUCAGAAGCAUUCAUUAUUUGCUCAAACCCAAGAAUCAGUUCGAAAAGAUGUUGAGCGUGCCUUCGGAGUCUUGCAAGCUAGAUUUGCCGUUGUCAGAAAUCCGUCUAAAUUAUGGGAUAAAGAGAAAAUAGGAAAUAUUAUGAGAGCAUGUAUCAUACUCCAUAAUAUGAUUGUCGAAGAUGAACGGUCAUCAUUCAGCCAGUUUAAUAAAUUCGAGUUUCAAGAAAGAGAAGAAGUGGAUACAUAUUCCGUCAACAUGCCUUCGAAUCUCGGCAGUACAAUGAAUCGUCGAACGAGCCUUCGUAAUAAACAAGCCCAUGAACAAUUAAAAAAUGAUCUGAUUGAAAAUAUAUGGGUUAAAUUUGGACAUUUUCAAUGAUUUGAAUAAGUUGUUUGUUUCUUUUUAUUUAUGAAGUUUGGAAGUUUUUUUUUUUUAUGAAAUGUAAUAAAAAGUUUGUAAUUUUCUAUUAAAUGCAUAAAUUUGUUUUUCUUUAAAGUUAUUCAACUCUAAAUGGUAAUAUGUUUUAUUUUAUAUAUGUUACUAUUAUUUAAAAAAAAAUUUAAUUACCUAAGGACCAAUAAAAAGUCCUACCUAUAAUCACCAUUUUCUUUAAAAGUCCUUAACAAAGUCCUACUCUACAAAUAACAAUAAAAAAGUCUAAGGACUCUCACAUAAGGACCAUUGAUAAUGAUGCUCUAAGCCCCAUGAGUCAUGUAUAUAUAGACAAAGUUCUGCUAAAAUAACGUAAACGUGCAUUUAAAUGUUUAUUAUGCAGUAAUUUUUUCUUUGUAAAUAAUUUUGUUGGAUCAUUUCUAACGUAUUUGUUAUUUUUGGUUCUAAAAUAGAAUAAUUCUAUAAUAGAAAUAGAGUUUACUUCAAUAUUUUUGGUUUAAUUAUUUUAUAUAUAGAUUGUGUCUUUUCAUUAAAAAUUGUGGUUAGUUUUGUUUUUCCAACAUGCAUGCAACUAUUGAAAAUAUUUUUAAAAUAAUUAAAAUAUCACAAUAAGUGUUUUUUUUGUUUUUUUUCAACAUGCAAGUAUUAAUUAUUUUUAAUUAAUUAUAACAUCUUAACAAGUGAAUUCUCUUAAAAAACAGUUAUAAUAUGUUAAUAAUAGUCUUUCUACAAUUAAUAAUUUUAAGAGUUGUGUUUUUUAUUAUUAAUAUUGUCUUUUUCAUAAAAAAACCAGUGAUUAGUUUUUUUUUCUAACAUACAACUAUUAGAAUUUUUUUUAAAUAGUUAAAAUUCACAAUAAGUGUCUUUUUGUAUUUGUUCAACAUGCAAAUAUUAAUAUAUUUUUUAAAUUAUUUAUAACAUCUUAACAAUAGGAUUCUGUUAAAAAGUAAUUAUAAUAUCUUAAUAAAGUGUCUUUCUACAAUUAGUAAUUUAUGAGUUUUGUCUACUCAUUAUAAAAAUUUUGUAUUUUCAUUAAAAACUAUGAGUACUUCUAUUUUUCCAACAUGCAACUAUUUGUUUUUAUAAAAUGAGUUUCGUGCGAUAUCGCACGGAUUCUUUACCUAGUAAAAAUAGAGUUUACUUCAAUAUAUUCAUAUAAAAUAUUAAUAUUAAUUUCUAAUUAUAGAGUAAAAUAAAAAUUGUAUUUUUUUCUAUAAAUAGAGGAAUAAAGGUGUAUCGAAGAAAUAAAGGUGGAUUGAAGAAAUAGCAAUUCUUUAUUUUAUAUGAAGAAAUAAGGUGUGUUAAAAUAAAUUUGCUUCUAAAUGCUAUUAUAAAAAUAAAUAUAGAGAUGAAAUGAAGAUGCUCUGAUAUGUAUUUGGUUGGACUCAGGGUACUAUUGACCUUAUCAAAUAUUUGGUUGAUGAUUUGUCUUCACCACUGACUUGUUAUUUUUUUUUUAUCAAGAGUAACAAACAUACAAUUUUAAGAUAGUUAGGGAAAAGCUUUUUGAUCAAAAAAAAAGGGAAAUGCUUUUUAUGUCUUACUAUGAGUCUGGAACAUUAUUCACAGCGAUAAUAUUUUUUACUUAGGUUUGCUGAAGAAUAAGAGUGUAUUAUAUAGUCAUUAGUGUUUGUAACAUUGUGAUUAGCAAGCAUAUUUUUGAUAUUUUUAACAUAAUUAGCGUUGUUUUCUACAUCAUCACCAAUGAAAUUUCUCCAUUAAAUCAGAUCUCUGAUAAAGUGGUGAUCUGGAAUGACGUGGUAGAGAAAAUGAGAGGAGGGAUGUGACUGAAGACAACAACAAUGGCUGGGGAGUGAGUGAAAUAAUCAACGAAGAAGACAAUUUAGGUAUACAAAAAUGUAACCACAUUAGGAUAUGAACACAUUAAAAUUGGACAGAAAAAAAAUGAAAGAGAUAUCUUACCUUUCACCAAACUAGGAUUACCAUAACUUAAGAAGAUGGCUCAAAAGUACUACAAGAGAAUUCAACUGAGUGCGGAUUUUGUUUUCUUCAAAAGCAACUUCAUAUUCCAAUAAUUAAACCAAAAUAUUUAAUUUUGUAUGACCAAGAUGAUAAUUUUUAAAGAAACUAACACAACUAGUAAGUUAAUAUAAUGUGAGUGAGAUAAAAUAAAUUAUCUUGCAUUUACGAUUGGAUGUUUAAAGUAUACCCAGCUUAAAUAUCUCACAAAAUAUCUUAGUUUUUGUGAACGCACCGAAUUAACCUUAAAGAAAGUAAAUAACUUAAGAGAAUGAAAAGAAGAUUGAGGUAAAUAUUCGUUUAUGGUGUAUAUGUAUUGGAUAUACGAAUGAAUAAUUUUAAAUUAAAAUUCUUUAAAUUCAUAUUUAUACUAACUUCAAAAUCUGAUUUUUUUCUUUUUACGAAACUUCUUUAUCUUAGUAAAAAUAGUUUUUCUAAUCCUAAAACGCACACCGUACGGAUGGACCUUUCGGCACAGCAACCCCCCAGAUGAAAAUCAUGAGUCUUUAGUCACUUCCAACAUUUUGAUUUUUUUUUUUUUUUGCAAAUGAAGGCUAUUUAUCUUUUAUUUAUUGAUUAGUAUUUCUUUAGAUAUUAAAAACCGUUGAGCUUGCUCUUUAGUACAAGCAAAUGAAAUAAGUUUUGUGUCGAGGCAUAUCCCGGAAUUGAAGAUGUCUCUUGAGUCUGCUUCCUGUAAUCGUCUGGCGAACUUCAUUGCACAAAGGGUCACAUAUGGAAAUACACACCAUUAGUAUGUGGCGAGAGGGUCCCCUAUAGUUGGAUUUACUUCUUGUGUGAGGUGACAGACUUAACGUUUCUUCUUAAUCUGUUAUGUUUAGUCUUUGUGUUUGAAUAUGAGUGGUCUCAACUUUGUGGUAUUGAUUACUGCGUAAAUAUAUUGAUCCCAUGGGUGACUCAUCAGUUUUUGAACUUGGGUGGUACGAACGUUCUUUUGGUGUUAAUAGUAUCAUAUGAAUACGUGCCACUGCCAGCGCGAAAACCGCAUCUAAAAGUAUGUCCACUUUUAAAAAGGAAAAUAAAAUAGGAGAGUACGUUCCAACAACUCGUGAAUCACACAAGUGUCACUAUCUUACACGAUUUGAUAGUAUUUGGCCAUAAAAUACUACAAACGUGUGAAUUCGUGUCAUAUAUUAAUGGAUUAAGUAAAAUAAUUUAUGUCUAUAUAUACACAACACAGAAACAGUUACAGAUACACUUGAAAAGGAAAAGAAAAAUGUUUACCGAGGAAAAGAAGAAAAAUACCAACUAUGGUUCAAUCUUUGUCUCUUGCUUCUUCUGUUUGGUUUUGGUUGUAGGAGUAGUAAGGUUUGCAAAACCUUAUUACAACCUUCAAAACUUAAUGGAGACAGAAGCAGUAAUGGAACAAGGAUUGUUGGACGUGGGGAUACUUCCCUGUAACCUCAAGAGCUCUGUCUCUGUUCCAGCUCGGAAUCACCAGAAGCUCUCGACAACAGUAAGGGAAGAGACGAGAACUCGUCCUCCAAAUUCAUACUGUGUGAAGUUCGAGUCAUUUGCCACUAUGUCCAAACUGGUCGCAGGCAACGGUGACAAGUACGAGUCACGUCCGUUCUCAGCCGGUGGAUACAAUUGGACGUUCCUAAUCUACCCAAAUGUGAACAAGCCAGUGGGCUCGGGUGGAUACGUUUCCCUUUACGUAAAAAUCGAUAACUCUAGCUUCAUCGCUACUCAAACCGAAGUGUAUGCAUGGAUCAAAUUCCUCACCUAUAAAAGCACUACAGACACAUACCAUGAGCUCCAUGCGACUGAGGCACAGAGAUUUCAUUUGUUUAAACAAGAGUAUGGAAUGCUAACCUUUCUUGAGAUCGGGUACUACCAAAAUCCAGCAUAUGGAUUCAUUUUCAACGGCGGACAGAGUGUGUUUGGUGUUGACAUCGUGGUUUCUAAACCCCCUGCAACAUGGGAAGAUGUCGCUUAUGAAGAAAACAUUCGUGACCCUGUUCUUGAUUGGAGAAUCACCAACUUCUCUACCCGAGAUAAAGUCUCUUACACUUCUGAUACGUUUUCUUCCGGUGGAAGAAACUGGGUACUGAAAGUAUAUCCAAAUGGAGCUGGAUCUGCAACGGGUAAUUCAUUGUCACUCUAUUUGUUGAGUGCGUCAAACGAAAAGGGUUACGUGAAAGCCAAGUUUAGAGUUAUUAACCAGACCCCGUCCAAAAAUGUGGAGAAACAAGUGGAUGGAUGGCCCAAUGCAAAAGAAAAUGGAUGGGGUGUCGACACACUUAUACCACUCGCAGAUAUCAAAGACCCAUCCAAAGGUUUCCUCGUCAAGGAUACCAUCAGAUUUGAAGUCGAGAUCUUGGCCUUCUCUAGAACUAACUCCAUCUCUAACUAGGGCUUAAGAUAAUCAUCACUCGUACCUGUGUUGUUUUUUCCUAUCAUAACCGGAUAUAGUUGGUACUUGGUAGUAAAUUCCAAGUGUUACUAUCCCUUUGUUUCACUGUUUUUGUUUCCGUCCAAUAAUAAAGAGUUCCAGCUUCUUCUUUUUUAUAA